AAGACACAUUAAAACCCGUAAUUUAUGUUUCCCAGGUUCCCUUUUGGGAAACUAUUUAAUGCCAAUUCUAAUUCCCCUUAAAUAAGAAUCACAAAUUCUACUGGAAUUUCUCUCAUUCUCCUUAACUCUCCAUCUCUUCUGUCUCAAUUUUUCUAUUGCAAGAAAAACUAUGGAUAAGCGUCGCAGAAAGCAAGCCAAGACUAGUAGUUGUUACUCUGAGGAGGUGAGCAGUAUAGAAUGGGAGUUCAUCAACAUGUCGGAACAAGAAGAAGAUCUCAUCUAUAGAAUGUAUAAGCUCGUUGGUGAUAGGUGGGCUCUUAUAGCUGGCCGGAUUCCAGGUCGAAAAGCGGAAGAAAUAGAGAGGUUUUGGAUAAUGAGACAUGGAGAAGUGUUUGCGAGUAGAAGAAGAGAGCUGAAGAGAUACAAUUCUUAAUGUUUCCCUUUAUAUGGUCAUUGAUCUGUAGGCUAGCUAGAUAAAAUUUAAUUUUUCUUUUUCUUUUUCUAUGUAUGUCACGAGGUAAGGUAGUUGUAGUAACUUAACUUAUUUGGCUAAUUAAUUUAAUGUGACUUACCUUUUCAAA